AUGGGCCAUACUUUCAUCGAUUCUCAGGAUAAAUUCUGGUCUUUGUACCUGGCAGAUGCAGAGAAGUACGAUAAGCAUCGAAUGGAGAGCUGGAAGGGCGACACAGACGGCAUUCUCAUAUUCACAGGUUUGUUCGCAGCCACUGUAGCAACCUUCACUGUCGCAAGUUAUGAUAUGCUAUCACCGGACCCAAACGAUCGGACAGAAGCUCUUCUCAUGACUUUGGUCGCCUUCAACCUCAACAGCCCCCAGGUCGUCACUAUGCCGCAGCGACCGGCGUUCCGAGCGUCAACUUCUGCUGUCUGCAUCAAUGCUUUCUGGAUGAUCAGCCUAUUCCUUGCUCUCGCCUGCGCGUUGGCAGCCACUCUCGUUCAGCAAUGGGCUCGGCGUUACGCUCAUCAUGUCCAACGCCGUGCACCCCCGCGUAUCCGUGGCCCGAUCCACGUCGUCCUGUCGAUGGGCCUCCGGAGGUUCGGGUUGAACCAAGCGGUAGCCUCCAUCAUAGGCACUCUCCAUGUGUCCGUUGGCCUCUUCUUGGCCGGCUUGGGCAUCUACAUGUCCUCAGCCAACGACACAAUCGCAUAUUUUAUCGCGGGCAUUAUGGGAAUCGGCGCUCUUUCCUACGGUUUCGUAACCGUACUCCCGCUGGCAUGCACGGAUUCUCCCUACGUGACACCAUUGACGCCCUUUCUGCGCAUCGCUGUAACAUCCGCAUGCCGCCUACUUGCGUUCUCCGGCACCUUGUCAGCCAAACUUAUCGGCCUGGCGCGCCUCUUCGUUGCCUCUUCUCGACUCAAGCACCAGCGCCAGUGGUUGGAGGACCGCGUCGAUGCAACAUACUCAUGGGCGGCAUCGUUACGAGACAAGCGAAUGAAGUUCGCUCGCGAUCUCGCUGAGAAACCGACCGUUUCCCGAGAGACCUUCGCCAUACGCCAGACCAUGAAGAACAUUGACGAGAUACACGAACUCGAGACACUCUGCGACGCUCUACUUGCGGUCGUACAGCCAAUCAGAGGCACACGCUGGGAUAUGGCAGCACACGAGCGUGCUAAACUGGCCGUGUACCUCCUGAGGGACUUGCGUAUCAUGGACCACAUUGGAGAGCUCGUCCUCUCGAUCUCGACACCGGGCGCUAGAGACGUGCAUAUCCGUCGCCUGAUCAUCGGUUUCAGGCUGUGCCGGGCGUUUACGAUGGCAAUCAAUCUCGAGGAUCGUACGGGCCCCCUUUUCGGCACUGUGCGGCUGGAGUUGUCCGCUUUCCUUCGAACAUGGUCGUCUGUAGCCGUCAACGAGACACGUCCAGACAUCACUUUCCUUGCCGCGUGUUUCCUUUCCGCGAUCCGAAACGACAUAUACGCACAUCAUCUCUAUACUGUUGGACCUGCACUGUCACAGACGCGAUCGUAUAGUCUCGGCGCAGUGAUUGCUGGCGGCAUGAAGGAUGCGACCCUUGACGAGCUGUUCGGAUCAACGCUAUCUCCGGAUCUUCAACCGAGCCAUGGCGACGACUGGAGUUCGAUACACACAUUCAUGUGCUACAACUACGUGCAUCUCUUCCGCGACAUACUCUCCUACGUAUCGCCAGCAGUCAUUCGCACAUCGGACACACAUGCCCUGGUCUGGUUGCCUAUCCUGAGGGAUACGCACUCCACUCUAUGCGCUGCGCUGGGGGAUAUGCGCCGCCCUUGUCUCGACAUCCUAGAGUCUCUGCUAAAGGAUGUUGACAUCUGCCAUCGACAACCAACAGGCGUGCUAUUGAUGCCUCCAGGAUCAUCCGGGGGACGUGCGGGACAGGAAGACCCGGAAGAUGCAUAUCGCAUCGUCUUUCUACAUUAUCCGGAGCUCGCAGACAUGCUACAUGCAUUAUGGGCACAGAUGAGGGAGCGGCGGCCAGAUAUAGGCUACUGUACACCCUGUUAUCUAUUCCGCGAGAAACACGCAGAUUAG